AUGAAUCAAGAGCAAAAGUAUGAAAAAAAUGAUGAAUCAAAUGGAAGCCAGGCAACAAGAUCAAUUUUUGCCAGUGUCUCGGCUAAUAAUAUGACACCACAAGCAAUGGGAACAUCGAGAAGCAAUGAGAACCGAUUCUCCACAUUUCCCUCUAAAUUGUCACAAGAAGCCGAACAUGCCAAACAACAAGAAAUGCUGCUUUAUCAGAAACUUCAGCUAGACAGAAGUGCUGAGCACGAACGAGAUCGAAGAGAAAGAGAAGCCAAAAGGAGACGGCUUGAGAGGUGGAAGGACAAUCGCAGAGCGCCAAGAGUGACCAAUCAUGGUGACAGUGACAGCGAUAGCGACGGAGCCCCAAAGUCUCGGAGUACGCUUAUAUGUUCGGAUGGAGAAGGGGGAGAAGAUGAAGUGCGCGAAGAGGAGAUGUUGCGCCCGAAGGUUAACAACAGCGUUCAAGUAUCAAGAGUUGCACAAGGAAAAUUCCGGAAUGUCAAUCCGCUUCGUUUGAAUCAACUGCUUUUACUCAACGCUGGAGACAAACCAGAAUCACAGCAAUCGUCGUCUCAACAAAGACCUGCAAAUGUCCAGUUAACUCAGGCAAAAGACGAAAUUUCAACGUCCCGAAGAAGCGAUAAGAAGAAGCGCAAAUCUUUAAGCGAUGCAGAUCGAAAUCGACGUCGAAAGAAGUCACGCUCCUCUGGCCGAAAGGAUUCAAAACGCAAGAAAAGACGUCACCGUGAUAGCUCGUCUUCGUCCAGUUCUAGCGAUCAUAGCAGAAAACGCUCUCGUCACUCAAAAAAGAAACGCCAUCGUCGAGACUCUUCAUCAUCUCCAAGUUCCGGCGCUUCUCGCAAACGAAGACCAAAAGAAAAAUGGUGCUUCCUUGAUGUGAAAAAUCUAGAUGUUACAAGCAGGCUUGGAUUUGAUCGUGCAACUAUUUUUGACAGAGAGCCUAGCAUUGAGCUUUUUCAGCAUGAUCACGUUUAUAAACGAGAAAGAGUUCAGUAUAAUAUAAAGUGUUUGAUCGUCCUUGGACCACGGAUUGCGCAGACGCAACGACAGUUUUAUGAGCAAUGGUCAAGGGAAAUCUACGGUGAAGGAACGUUUUCGAAAGCAAAGCCAAAACGCAUUUUUGACCGCCGAAUUCGUUGGUCUGCAAAUCCAGAGAAUUACUUCGCCACUAAAUGUGGUCCAAUUGUUGAUUACAUGCCUUUAAGCAGUGGACGUUUGGAUAGACCAACGACUGUGGACGAAGAAACAGACAUGCAGAUGAGCAAAAAUGAAGACAUUUCCACCGAUCAAAUGCUUAUCGAAAUUAAAGGAGGGGGAAAGUCAAGACGAAUAAAAGAAAAGCUGAAAGAUAUUAAUGAAGCGCUGAAUAAGGCAAGAGCUAAUUCAACAAGCAAACGAGUUGCUAUUGAGUCGUUAUGGAUUAAAAAGCUUGAACUAGAAGAUGCCGAUCACGAACACCAAGCAAUUAAACUCCAAGACGCAGGAGAAGCUCCACCGACGGAACAACAGUAUUUGGCUGUCAAGAUGAGCAAAAUCGAUGCAGCAACAAAGGAAGUCCCUAGUUCGUUAAUGCUUUUCAAAGUGGCGAUUUCGGUAAAAAAGGAAGUAUUGACCGAAGAAGAAAUGAAUACGUUGUUCACUUCAAAAAUUCAAGCAUUUGCUUCUGAUCCCAAUUUUUGGGAUUUAUGGAUUGACACUUUGCUUUACGAUAUGAAGUUUUAUAAUGCGAAGCGAAUUGACGAGAUUUUCAAUGAAGCCAUUAAAAGAUUGGAUGCAAUACUGCGAGGAGAAUACAAUGUUCCCCGAAAUCUGACAGAUGACAAAACCAAAAAGGGAGCGAUUCUGUUGUUGCUGCAACGACGAACUGAGCACCUCAUUCAAUCGGGCUCGGCUGCAAAAGCUGUUGCUUUCUCUCAAGCGAUACUUGGACAUUUGUGGAUCCCCGCGCAGUUUGUCGCAGAUCUGGAUUCUCGGGAUAAGAAAAAGCUUGAACAAAUUGCAAAAUCGCUGGAAGGUUAUUGGGAUAGCGGCGCAGCAAAGAUUGGAGAUGCAAAUGCAAUCUUGUGGAAAAACUGGAAUGCUAACGAAACUUACGCUGAGCCUGAAAUCGCCGAAGAAAAUCAAGAGCUGCAUUUCCUGGAAACACAAAUGGUCAAAGGGAUUGCAGCAAAAUACGAAUAUCAGCUUGCUCGUGCUAAGCUCUGGGCAGAAUUGGAGCGACUCCGUGAGAAUUAUUAUUGCCGGCCCAUUCGAAUAAGCAAUGACGACUUUACGGCAGAGGAUUGGUCUCGCCUGAUUAGAUUCGAAGACCUAAAUCUCCCCAACAUUGAUAAUGAUCGUGUAGCUCUGUUCGCAAUUCGAUUACCAAAUACGUUUGGACGCCGACGACCUUUUAUGUGGGAUUCGAUUCCGCUUAUUGCUAAAGAGUUUGGUGGAUUUAACAUCGACUCUCGUGUGCCUAAGAAUCUCGAUUUAUUUGUCGAUCGUCUUUGUAAGAAGCUCUCAAUAGAGGUUUCGAACAAAACAGUUGCUCGGAUUCAUCUAUCUUUUCGGGUGUUAAGAAUUUUUGAUGACGUUGAUGACGAGAAUAUGGACGCUACCGGGAAGCUGCGAGAAUUGCUCAAACAAAUUAGCAUGUUAACUAUGGAGCUUCAAAAAGUGGGCAAUGAAAGAAAGAUUGUUAUAUAUCCAUCUAUUUUGGCAAUGCGAGAGGCUGCGAAAUGGUUCGAAACUGCACGCACUAGUCAAAUGCAACUCGUUUUUAUAAAGGCGAUCGCAGUGAUUUGGUCUCAAAUCUCAGAAGACAUUUCUUGCAAGAAGAAUUUUUUAAGCAUUGAGGAUCCAAUGAUAUUUUCGCUUUAUGCGACACUGCUAUACUUAUUGAUUCAGAUAGUGGACCGUCCAUCGUUUACGAUUUGGCUUCUAACAAAAGUUGCAACAGAUGUUUUUCCGGCUACCAAAGAUCUAUUGGCAAAAAUCAGUGAAGAACCAAAGUUGUCGGGGCCAGAAGUACUCUUGGGAGUUCAAGCAUGGACUCAACGCGAAGGAUUUUACACUAGUAUGACCAUGGAAACUGAGUUGACGCCACUUGGGCUUUAUCAACCGGCUACAAUCUUCUCUGUACUUUUUAUGCAUCUACAAUAUGUGGUUGGACAAGGUGCCUCGAAGGAAAGAUUUGAAUCUCGCUGGAAAGCAAUGCGAAGUUUGGUCACAACUCUUAAUAUUGAUUUUGAUGGGGCAUUUGCUAUUCGAGAAGCCGCGAAGUUAAUUGAGGGUCACAAUAAACGAUACCGCAAUGGCUCAUCAAAACUUUACGAAAUUUUGUCUUUUGGAACGCAAAGGUAUCCAAGUGAUAUUCAACUGCGCAAAAUGGAAUGUGAAUCGCACAUCACGAGGCCUUUCUUGCAGCGAACUAUCUUUGGAAAAAGACUUCGAGAUGAACAUCAAAAAGCCAUUGCAUCAAAGAAUAUCGUUGAUUCACGAAUUUUGGCAGUAACGCGAACGUAUUUUUCUCGACGAGUCUUUGAGCAUAUUAUGUUGAGAUUGGAAACGAAGGAGACGGCCCAGACGACUUUGCGUUUAUUGAUCAAAGAAUACCAAGACGUGGCUACUAUGCAAAAAGAACCGUUCUUUUGGUGUCAACUGAUUAGUCUCUUCAUCGAACGAAAUGAAAUCGAAAAUGCGUAUGAAGCAUACAUGCAAGGGGCAAAGAGUUGUGUUUGGUCCCGAGCCUUGCAUCUUCAUUGGGCUAAAUAUGCAAAUCCAGCACAAGUCGAGCAAAUUCAAAAGCUUAUGGCACAAAAGGACAUCAAGAUGCUCAUAGAAGAAGAACUUGUCGACGAAUAUCUCAAGAUCAACGCCAAGGGCGUGUUGCUU